GGCUCAGACGUCGUCCAGAAAAGACGUGAAUUCUUAUAUCGCUGAGGAAAAUCUUUCGCGCUUGAAUUGAAUAAUUUCACACAGUGACUUUUUCGCGAGAAAUUGCGUGAAGAUUCUUCGAAAGCGGCUUUCAUCCCAGAACAAAUAAAGUGAAAAGCUUCCUGUUUCGUGUGGUAGAGGAAAAUCUUCACAGAAGAUCCACACGGAAAAAGAGGGGCGAAAGUCAUCGAUCAGUGUUCGCAGUGCAAAAACAAAUAUCACGAUGGACGCUGCCAAGAGAGUGCACAUCGAGAAAGCGCACAACUUCAUGCGCCAAUAUCGCGAUCCAGAAUCCCGAGAGCUGAGGAAGUUGUCAGCUAAUCAAUUCAUGGAAGUUUGGAGUCACUAUGAUAAGGAUGCCAAUGGUUACAUUGAGGGAACUGAGCUUGAUGGCUUCCUCAGGGAGUUCGUGUCCAGUGCAAAUGCCACAGACGUCAGCCCUGAGACUCUCACAGACGCCACACUCAGCGAACUGAAGUCCUGCUUCAUGGAGGCGUACGAUGACAAUCAGGAUGGGAAGAUCGACAUUAGAGAAUUGGCACAGCUUCUUCCCAUGGAGGAGACCUUCCUCCUCCUCUUCCGCUUCCACAAUCCACUCGAGUCCAGCGUGGAAUUUAUGAAGAUUUGGCGUGAAUACGACACCGACAAUAGUGGAUACAUUGAAGCUGAUGAGCUGAAGAAUUUCUUGCGAGAUCUUCUGAAGGAAGCCAAGAAAAUCAAUGACGUCUCAGAAGACAAACUCAUCGAAUACACCGACACUAUGCUUCAAGUGUUUGACGCCAACAAGGACGGACGACUGCAGUUGUCGGAGAUGGCAAAGUUGCUUCCUGUGAAGGAGAACUUCCUGUGCCGCCAAGUAUUCAAGGAAGGCAUCGAAGGCGCCGCAAAACUCACGAAGGAAGACAUUGAGAAGGUCUUUUCGCUCUACGACAGGGACAAUAAUGGCACUAUUGAGAAUGAGGAACUCAGGGGUUUCCUGAAGGAUCUUCUGGAGCUCGUGAAGAAGGAUUACGAUGCUCAGGACCUGAAUGACUUCGAGGAGACAAUCCUCCAGGGCGUGGGCUAUGACAAGGACGGCAAAAUCUCCCGGAAGGAGCUGACAAUGAUCCUGCUGGCGCUGGCAAAGAUGCCAACAGAGGAGGAGCAGUAAGGCGAGUUAAGGCGCAGCGGAAGAGCACAAGAUUAGGGCAUUUGGAAACGACAACGAUUUUUACCAGUGCUGUAUAACAGUCCGAGACGCACACCUUUUCAGCGCGCGCCUCUGCUAAAGGUCGCGCUGAAAAUGCAUGUGUCUCGGGAAAGUGGGAAAAGUUGAAUUGAUGAGAAUCUUUUUGCCAAAAAAAAAAAAUAAUUGAAAAGUAUUUGCAUUUUCGGGAAGAGAUUUUCCCGCGAAGGCGCACAGUUCAUACACACAAGUUGAGCUCAAAACAUAAAAUAGUGCUUGGCAGAGAUACAAUUUGCUUCGAAAAAAAAAAGUUCAAUGAUGUUCUAUGGAAACUAUUUAGCCUUCAAAAAUCUUUCUAUCUUGAGUGCAAUUGCAAGAAAAGACUUAUAGAUUAACUGCACUGAUGAUAUCAAUGAAAUAUAACUUGCCUUUGUCUUUUGUCAUGAGUUCUUUGGCAUCUUCUGUUGCCUGUUUCCUUGAGAGGGAAGAAAGUAUGAGUAAGUGGUACUUUUCGCGGGUGAAUUGAGCACAAUGUUGGACAUAUCAAGAUUGUUAGUUUAUUCCUCCAUUCCGUACGAUCUUAACUAGAAAUCCUGCCUGAAUUUCGCUGAGAAGAGGGCUUUUCUUUCGCAACGCCGCCUCAUUCUACCGUGAUACUUUCCCAAAAACGACAAAAUUAAUCUAUAAAUUGUGUGAAAUGACUAAAAGUCUCUAUUUUUCCACCCUUUUUGCUAUUUGUGAAACUCCUGAAUAACAUUUCUUCUGUGACUCUGAGUGAAAUUGGUCAGUUUAUGGCAAAUGAUAUGAAUUGUAUAGCUCUAUAAAUUUAUUGUGAUUGAGAAUGAAAAAAAAACAAUUACUUGUGAAAAAGCUUGAUGGAAAAUUGUAAAAAGGAAGCACUACUAAAGUAUUUCAAAGAUAUAUUUACAAAACUAUAUAUUGCUCUCUUCUUAUAUAAUUAACGAAUUUUUCAAGCGUUUGCUGUUGUUUCGUCUUAAACAAAAAAACUAUAAACAUUAUGAUAAAAGGUGUUUCAAUUUGAGAUAAAGAAUAAAAAACCGUUCCAUUGAGAUACAAUAAAGAUGAGAAAAAAAACACAUGAAGUAAAAAUGAAAGAAAAAGGAAUAAUAAGGUAAUUGUGAGGAAUUUUGUGCCAAAUAUCAAUGAAUUUCUCUCCACAGAUUGUGUAAAAUGAGAACAUUCAAGUUGUAAACAUUUCCAUAAUGAAGAAAAACCACCACCUAAUAAAUGUUAAAUGGAAGAACACCCAUGCUUAAACCAUUAAAAGAAACCACAGAAGAACUUCUCAGACAUUUUUCAAUAUGAUUGUUGGUGGAAAAUUCACUUAAAUGUUGACUAAAUGUGUACUAUUUUACCUGUUAAACUCUAAAUUACAACUUAAUUGAGAAGAUAUAUUAAAUGAUAUUUGAGACAUGAGAAUAAAUAACCUAUAAAAGAACAAAAUAUAAAUGUAUUGACGUAUUUCUGCGAAGUAAUUAGGCGAAAGCAUUGAACAAGAGUCCAAAAAAAAAAGAAUUCAGAAAAUAAAGGAGAAACUUUCUCAUUCGA